ACACUGGCAACAGGUGUGUGACGCAACGAGCCGCGGCAGCCGUGACGUCACGAGAGCCCGGCCACCGGCUCUGUGCCCGCCGCUACGGCUCAGUGUUCGUCCGGCAGCGUCGCAGGCCAGUCAGUGCCCCCCAGCGCGCCGUCACGCCGACAGAGAUUUUAGAGAGAUCCCGCUCGAACUGAAACAGCUGCACAUCUAAAGAACAAUGGGCUUCGGCAGGGAGAUGGAUGGCUGUGGCCAAUGUAUGAAGUACAGCAUGUUUGUGGCUAACUUCAUAAUAUUUAUUGGUGGUCUGGUUGUUUUGGGAAUUGGAAUAUGGACACUGGUUGACAAAUCCUAUGUUAAUGAGCUUCUUGGAACUGAUUUGUUCAUGGGAGCUGUCUAUAUACUAAUAGUAACUGGUGCUAUUGUGUCCUUAAUAGCAUUUUUAGGCUGUCUUGGAGCGGUAAAGGAAGUCCGUUGCAUGUUGCUCAUGUACUUCAUUAUAGUGUUCCUGAUAUUCAUUACAAUGCUUAUUGGAGGAAUUCUAGGAUAUGUUUUCCGUGAAAAAGUUAAAACUACAAUGUACAAAGAAAUGGAAAGUUCAAUUAGGAGGUACCAUGAGAAUCCAGAAGUGCAAAGGGCAUGGGACAACACUCAAAUUAAUCUGAAAUGUUGCGGAAUCCAAGACCACAGCAGCUGGGGAGAUGAACUGCCAAACAGUUGCUGCAAAGUAAAGACAAGUACUUUCUGCAACCCAUGGGAAUCUGGCUGCCUUGAAAAAGCUGAAAAAUUUGUGCAAGAUCAUGCAACUGUGAUUGGUGGUGCUGGUAUAGGUGUAGCAUGCAUCAUGUUGCUGGGGAUGAUUUUCUCAUGUGCACUGUUUAUGAUGAUUGAAUAAAACCCCACUUCUAAAUCAGUGUUCAUGAUUGGAACACAGAUGUGUGUUGUGUAAAGGGAGUUUAAUUUAAUCGGAGAACUUAACCAGAGAGUGUGUUUUUGUAAAUAUCUGUAGCUACAAAUGCUACAGACAAGAAAAUGUAAAGGAUGUUUAACUUGAUGCUAGACAUGAAAUUUAUAGUGGAAUUGUCAUCUGUUAAGAAAAAGUGAUGGUUUUACAAGACAGUGAAGUGUCCUGUAAGCUUAAGACCAGUGAGUUUCAUCUUAAUAUAAACAACACGCACAAAUUUAAAUAUUGCUUUGUACAUAUUCAUAUAUAUAUGAAUUGUGGACUGCUGUAGUGUGUCAGUAUUAAUCUCUGUAUACAAAAUAUGGCUUUUCAUACUACUUUACACCAACAUUCCUUUAUGCAUCUGUGUUUAGAAAUAUUCUACAAGAAUUUAAUUUAUUGUUAAAAAUGUUAAUUGUAUUGGCAGAAUGCUCUUGCCAGUUUGCAGUUACUUUAAUUCUCUUUAACUCUAUUGUCUGCACAUCAUCACACUCAUUUUCUAGAUAUUUAGAAUAAUUCUUGUGUAAAAUCACAAUUAUUUCAUUUAGCAAGAAGGUAACUAUUCCCCACAUUCAUUAUGUGGGUAUAGGAAAGCACCAACCUUACUUACUCUUCAUUUUAUGUCAGUGGCAAAACAUAUUUAGUUAUUGGCACAUUGUCUAUAAGGAGUUAUUACCUCUCAUGUUAAAGUCGAAUUUUCACUUUAGAAAGUGAACAUACUGUUUGUGAAGUGGGUUAUUUUGAUAGUGCUUCACUACUGCAAAAAUAGGAAGCAUGGGUGAUAGCAUGGAUAGUAAAGCACAAUGUCACAUUUGAUUUCUCUCUCUCUCUCUCUCUCUCUCUCUCUCUCUCUCUCUCUCUCUCUCUCUCUCUCUCUCUGUGUGUGUGUGUGUGUGUGUGUGUGUGUGUGUGUGUGUGUGUGUGUGUGUGUGUGUGUGUAAACAAAAUGUUAUGGUGUCAACCCAUUUCCUUAAAAAAUGUUCUUUGUACCUGAUACUCUUGUCAGUAAAAUGUAAGUGAAUGUUUUUGUUCAGGCAUGUUAAGUUUUUCUUUCUUACAUAGUAGUAGUGAAGAACAUGCUUAAAGUGAACUUCCUGUAGUUGAUAAAAUGUUAAAAUGAAGUGUGCUGCAAAUUCAACAUAACAAUGAAGAGUUUUUUAUUUUAUUGAGUGCUGACCACUGUAUCAUAUGAAGAACACCCAUUAACUAGACACCUGUGUUAAAUUUUUGUACUGAUGUAACAGUUGAAGAGAGUGCAUUUUAAAUAAAGGAGAAUGUGUGAAAAUA